AUGGACUUUGGCACAAAAACUCCACUAACACAGAUAAACUACCUGCGGGAAGCCAAGCCGUUACGAGAACGCAAAGAAAAUCCAGAUGACACCGGCCUUGAGACACCAGGCUACAGGGGGAGCCCAGUUACUUUCUACCUGGUAGAUAGAACUGUCAAGGCAAAUCCGCUCAACAAGUCACUUGGUCAUUGUGGAGCUAGUCUGAGUGUCCCUGCGACGCCGCACAGCGCCCCCGCGGGGCACUCGGGGCUGCGGCCGGGCCGUGCGUCCCGCGCCUGGCCCGGCGUGGCGAGACUUCUCCCGGCCAAGGGGAUCCGGCAGCGCCGCCUCCCUCCCCCGGGAGCGGGGCGGAUUGUUCGUCUGUCGGUCGCGGAUCGCCUGUCUACGCCCGGGGCAGCGCGCCACGCUCACCUGCAGCCACCGCCGCCGGCACCCGGAAUCGAGGCAGGGGCGCAGCCGCGCGGAUCGGUCUCCGUCGUCCGCCGCCUCGCCCCGCCGAGAACAGCAGAGCUCCCUGGGCACCGCUCCCGGGACGCGACCAAGAAGCCCGUGCCAACGUCGUGUCCUGAGCCGCCGCCUUCAAGUCCCAUCCCAGAGCGCUCCGGGCGCUUGCUGGCUGCCUGCGAGGCUCUGGGCAAGGGCGGUGCGGGGAGGCGGUACUGCGCGAGGGUGGGGAGCGGGCGGGCGGAAGGAGGGGUGUCCUCUUUGGGGAUGGGAAAAAACGGGGAGAGAGGCGGCCCAGCUUCCCAACCCUACAGGUCCCCAGCCCCGGACCCGGGCAGCACUCCCUGCCUGCUGCCAACCCCUCUUUCCCUGUGCAUUUCCAGACCGGGUGGGAUGGCGGGUCUCCAGAGGUAAACAACUGGAGGCUUUAGGGGGAUUGUCUGUUUGCCUGAGGAGGGGGUGAGGUGGGGUUUCCUGGUAACAGGAGACAUAGCCGAAUCCUAUAGCCUGAAGUAGGAAUCAUUUUCUGCAGGAGGCGUCCAUUGACCGUGAUGACGAAGACAGAAGUGGAAAAAGAAGAUGGAAGUCAGAAAACAGAGCAAAGUGUUCAGGAAACGUUUAGUCUUGGAUCCCACAGGAAAAAUCCAGCCUGAGUUACAGCCAGUGAAAACCCCUGUGGAGUUGGAAAGAGUUACAAGUUAUGAAAAUUUGUAUUUAAAUGUGGAUCUCUAUUCCAUGACACCCAUAGGACUCAGUAAUUUACCAGGAAAACAACGGCUAUCUGGAAAUCCUUCCAGUUUUAAGCAGGCUCUGAUUUAAUAACGAUCCCCAUUUUUCCCAUUUGUGCCAGCUAAAAUGGGUGUUCCCCCUCUACCCGGAUUCUUCAGAAUAGGAAAUAUUUGGGUGGAACAAGGCUAAGGGCAAGAUAAAUGGGUCAAGUGAGUUGUUCUACCUUGUGGGAUGUUCUUCAAGU